AUGGGAGGUUUUGGAUUUACAUUUAAGAUGUCAGCGGAGCAAAGGCGAAAGGAAGAUGAGCGUGAUCAGGACAUGGACCACGUGAGGACGCAGAUGGAUCUGUCAACCAAGCGUUUAUUAGGUGGAGGGCUAGAAAAGAACAAUGACAACUUCAAAAAUGAAAGAAGUGGGGUUUAUGUGCCACCUGUGAACAGAGAUCGGGCCAAAAACAAUAAUGGAAACUCUAAGUUGGAAGACAUAAUGACAAAAUUCCUACAAAAGUUUGAGGCGACUGAGUCUCAUGUCAGAGAUAUGCGAGCUUCUGAGAUUGAUGGGCAUACAAAGCAUCAGGCAGAUAAGGUAGUUAUAUUCGAUGAUGAUGAUGAGACUGAUGAGCUAGUAUUGCAGCAGAAAAAAACUGUGGAAAACAAUAGUACAAAGAAAACAGAGGCAGAGGGACCUUACCCUUUGCCACUUAUUCACAAGCCGCCUCCACCAUUUCCCCAUAGAUUGAAGAAAAAGGCCAAAGAUGGUUAUGCCAAGUUCAUGAAGGAUUUGGUUACAAAGAAGAGGAUAGUCUCUUUUGAGCGCGCCAUUACUACAAGGUCCUUGGUUGAAAAGAAGGAAGAUCCGGGCGCAUUCACCAUACCUUGCACCAUUUAUGCUUUCGAUUUUGAAAGGUGUGAGUGGGUUGGUUCAUCUUUCCAGUUGAUUUUGGAUUGUCAAGUUGAUUUUGAGGUCCCUAUUAUCUUGGGGAGACCAUUUUUGGCAACUAGUAGAUCAUUGGUGGAUGUAGAGCAUGGAGAACUUACAUUCAGGCUAAACAAUAAAGAUGUCAAGUUCAAUGUAUGCGCCUCCAUGAAGCAACCAAUAGAUAUGACAGUGAUGUCUGUGUUCGAUGUAGAGGUAGAGAAUGUCAUUGAUGUGCCCAUAGAUGAGAGGCUCACUGUUGAGCCUUUAGUAGCAGUAAUCAUGAAUUUCGAAAGUGAUGGUAUUGAGGGGUAUAAUGAGUCUAUGAAUGCUUUGAAGGGUAUAGGAUCACACCCCUAUUCUCCUCAAAAGUUGGAUCUUGACUUGAAGAAUAGGCUGAAUCCACCCGCUAAACCAUCCAUAGAAGAACCACCUGUACUUGAGCUCAAAGAAUUACCAGUCCAUUUGAGGUAUGAAUUUCUUGGUGAAAAUAACACUUUGCCAGUGAUUGUUGCUGCAUAUUUGAGUGAAGGACAGGUGACAACACUAGUUGAGAUAUUACAAAGGUACAAGAAGGUGAUUGGUUGGACUAUUGCGGAUAUAAUAGACAUUCCUCCUAGCAUUUACACUCAUAAAAUACAGUUGGAGGAGGAUAGCAUUCCAAGUAUCAAACACCAGAUGAGACUAAACCCGCCUAUGCAAGAGGUGCUAAAGAAGAAAAUUAUUAAGUGGUUAGAUGCAGGUGUGGUAUACCCCAUAUCAGAUAGCCGUUGGGUUAGCCCUGUGCAAUGUGUCCCUAAAAAGGAGGGCUUUGCGUUUAAGCGCAUGCCAUUUGCACUCUAUAAUGCACCUGCUAUAUUUCAGCGCUACAUGAUGUCUAUAUUCCUUGACAUGGUUGAGGACACUAUUGAGGUAUUUAUGAAUGUUUUUUCUGUGGUUGGUGAUACUUUUGAUGACUGUUUGUUGAAUCUUAGCAGGGUUUUGCAAAUAUGUGAAGAGGCCAACCUAGUCUUGAACUGGAAAAAUGCCACUUCAUGGUCAAAGAAGGAGAAAUUGAUCUCAGCACCGAUGAUUGUUGGCCCAGAUUGGUAUGCCCCAUUUGAAAUCAUGUGUGAUGCUAACGGUGUUGCUUUGGAGGUUGUGCUAGGGCAAAAGUGCAACAAGAUCUUUCAUCUCAUAUACUAUGCUAGAAAAACGCUAAAUACAGGCCAGAAGAAUUACAUUGUGACUGAGAAGGAAUUAUUAGCAGUAGUGUAUGCAUUCGAAAAAUUCAGAGCAUACCUUUUGGGUACCAAGGUGAUAGUGCACACUGAUCAUGCUGCCUUGCAAUAUUUGAUUACCAAGAACGAUGCUACACCAAGGUUAAUCAGAUGGGUCUUGUUGCUCCAGCAAUUUGAUUUUGAUGUUUUGGCUUCCACUCUUGAUCUUAUUCGUUGGUUUGUUGAUUAUGCUAACUAUCUUGUUAGUAAUUUUAUGCCUGAAGAUCUUACUUUCCAGCAAAGAAAGAAGUUUUUGCAUGAUAUUAACAGAUACUUCUGGGAUGAGCCAUACUUAUUCAGGAUGUUUGCUGACAAUGUCAUCAGGAGAUACUACUGGCCUACUAUCUACAAAGAUGCACAUGACUUGGUGAAGAGCUGUGACCAGUGCCAAAUUCAGGGGAACAUAUCUAGGCUUCAAGAGCUACCUAUGACACCAAUCAUGGAAGUAGAGUUGUUUUAUAAAAACAACUUUUCCAUGUUUGGGACUCCUAGGGCUAUCAUCAGUGAUGGGGGUUCUCAUUUUUGCAAUAAGAUCUUUCGAACUCUGUUGGCAAAAUAUGGUGUACGACAACAAAAGGUAGCCACCCCAUAUCAUCCCCAGCCUAGUGGGCUAGUUGAGGUGUCAAACCACGAAAUCAAAGAGAUUCUUGCCAAGUCUGUGAAUGCUAACAGAACUAAUUGGGUGAGGAAGCUGGAUGAUGCUCUAUAG